UCUUCAUCACUUCUUUCUUAACAAGUUUAAUUAGUCCUUCAAAUUUUGCUAUUGUCAUUUGAGUCCUUAGUUAAUUUUUCUUAGCACUCCUAAAUAUGGCAGGAAUCCAAAUCGACGACUUUUUCCCCGGGAAGAAGAGAACCGCAGGGGAUGAUGUUUUCUUGGCCGAGAAAUCUAUGUUUCAAACACUGGUGGGGGCGGCGGCGGCAUCACCAACAAGGGAUUACGACCCUGCCGCCGCAUUAGCCGGCGUGCGCCGUGAAUUUGGUGAGCAUGGUGGCGUUAACAUGUCCAUUGAACCUUCCGCCACCUUCACCGUCAUGGAACCUGAGACUAUGCGCCGCAUGUUCGAUGGUGAACUCGGCCCUGAUCAUGAUUUCUUCAUUUAUAGUCGUCAUUUCAACCCCACGGUCUUAAAUCUCAGUCGUCAGUUGGCGGCCCUAGAGGGAACUGAAGCUGCCUAUUGCACCGCUAGUGGUAUGGCUGCUAUAUCAUCAGUGUUGUUGCAACUCUGCAGCGGCGGCGGGCACGUGGUGGCUUCGGCGACUCUAUACGGUGGAACACAUGCACUUUUAACCCAUUUCUUACCCAGAACCUGUAACAUCACGACCACUUUCGUCGACAUAACUGAUCACGAAGCUGUCAAAAACGCUAUCGUCCAAGGACGGACACAAGUGUUGUUCUUCGAGUCGAUGUCGAACCCAACACUCACCGUAGCCGACAUUCCGGAGCUAAGCAAGCUAGCACACGACAAAGGAAUAAUGGUGGUCGUAGACAACACAUUCUCCCCCAUGGUUCUUUCCCCUGCUCGGCUUGGUGCUGAUGUGAUUGUCCAUAGCAUCUCCAAGUUCAUCAGCGGCGGGGCCGAUGUCAUCGCAGGUGCUGUUUGUGGUCCUGCAAGCCUGGUGAACUCCAUGAUGGACCUUCAUCAAGGUGCUUUGAUGCUUCUAGGCCCGACCAUGAACGCCAAGGUCGCCUUUGAACUCUCCGAAAGGAUUCCUCAUUUAGGCCUGAGGAUGAAGGAGCACUGCCGCAGAGCCAUGGAAUACGCUACCCGAAUGAAGGAACUUGGUCUCCGGGUUGUCUACCCUGGCCUUGAGGACCACCCUCAACACCUGCUAUUGAAUUCCAUGGCCAACAAGGGCUACGGGUUCGGCGGUCUUCUUUGUCUCGACAUGGAAUCCGAAGAAAACGCUAACAGGCUGAUGCACCACUUGCAGAACAGCUCUCAAUUCGGGCUCAUUGCGGUUAGCUUGGGUUACUAUGAGACUCUCAUGUCUUGCUCUGGUAGCAGUACCAGCAGUGAAUUGAAUGCUAAAGAAAAGGCCCUUGCCGGAAUAUCGCCGGGGCUGGUGAGGAUGUCGAUCGGAUAUACAGGGACCUUGGAGCAAAAGUGGAGCCAAUUCGAAAAGGCCAUCUCUAGGAUGACGGAUUCUUCCACCUUAUUCAACAAAAACCAAUAA